UUGGAUGAUGCCGGCUGCUUGGCCCGCAAGUUCUUUUCUCAUUCCUACUUCUAUUUGGAAAAAGGAAACCCUAUAUAUACUCCACUCCACUCCACUCCACCAACACAUCUCCAACCAAAUUAGAAACAAAUGGCUCUCAUUCGACAACGUCGCCAGCUUAAUCUCCGCCUCCCCUUGCCCGAACCCUCCGACUGCCGCCCAUGUUUCUCCGUUCCCCUUCCUCCCACCACCGCCGUCACAAACAACUCUUCCUUCGGCGCUAUCUCCGCCUCCGAUCUCGAGAAACUCCAAGUCCUUGGCCACGGUAACAGCGGCACCGUCUACAAGGUAAAUCACAAGCGGACUUCCACCACCUACGCUCUCAAACUCGUCCAUGGCAACUCCAACGACCCCACAGUCCGCCGUCAGCUCUUCCGAGAGAUGGGGAUCCUCCGCCGCACCGACUCUCCCCACGUCGUCCGCUGCCACGCAAUCUUUGAGAAGCCGUCCGGAGAUAUCGGGAUCCUUAUGGAGUACAUGGACUCCGGCACCCUCGAGACCUUGCUUAAAGCCCAAGGCACCUUCUCCGAGCCCAAUCUUGCCCACGUCGCCCGCCAAGUUCUUAACGGCCUCAACUACCUCCACACCAACAAGAUCAUCCACCGCGACAUCAAACCCGCCAAUGUUUUGGUGAACAGCAACAUGGAAGUGAAAAUCGCCGACUUUGGCGUGAGCAAGAUCCUGUGCCGGACCUCGGACGCCUGCAAUUCCUAUGUGGGUACUUGUGCUUACAUGAGCCCGGAAAGAUUUGACCCGGAUACUUACGGCGGCAAUUACAGUGGCUACGCCGGUGACAUAUGGAGCGUAGGGCUAACCCUUAUGGAGCUUUACAUAGGUCACUUUCCGUUGUUGCCUCCGGGUCAGAAACCAGACUGGGCCACGCUUAUGUGCGCCAUAUGUUUCGGAGAGCCGCCGUGCUUGCCCGAGGGGGUGUCGGAGGAGUUUCGGAGUUUCAUGGAGUGUUGCUUGCAGAAGGAGUCCGAAAAGCGGUGGACCGCCGCUCAGCUUUUGACCCACCCUUUCGUCUCUAAAGAUCCGAGUAUGUCCGUUUCCUGAUGGGUUGCUGGAUUUGUACACGAGUUACCGUUUGUAGGGUUAUGAGUUUUGUUUGUAAGGUUCUGAGUUUUGUGUAUAUACUGGGCCGGAUUCGGAUUCGAAUUCUUUCUUUAUGAAAUUACUUAGGGGGUUGUAUUCAA